CCUCGAAUUCUACAUCACACCGCGCCUCCUCACACCUCUGCCCCCUCUAGUCGCCCCCCUUUCGCACGCCAGGAGAACGCCCACCCCUUCCCCUUCCCCGCCUACGCCCCCACCCCCGUUCCCGCCUCGCCCGGGUGUGCCGGCGUUCCUCGCGUCCGCCACCGCCACUUCUAACACGACAAGUCUUGCUUCUGCAGCGGCGAGCACGGACAAAAGCUACUGGCUGGCUGCACUCUAUCACUAUCACUCAUCAUCUCCGCACCUACACUGUGCGGAGUUUGUUGUUCGAUCCACUGUUCGACAUCCCCGACAACAUUUUACUGCCGCCAUGGGCGCGGGGUGUUGCAAGCCCGAGGCAAUCGACUUCGAUGCAGAGGUCAAUCUCUUCCACUUCUACCUGCUCCGCAGUGUCGGAAAAGGCGCCUUUGGCAAGGUCCGCGUCGUCCAGCACAAGCAGAGCAAAACACUCUACGCCCUCAAGUACAUUAACAAGGCAAAAUGCGUCAAGAUGAAAGCCGUGGCCAAUAUUGUCCAAGAACGGCGACUGCUUGAAGAGAUUGACCAUCCUUUUGUGGUCAACCUCCGCUACGCAUUCCAGGAUGACGAAAACUGCUUUUUUGUCCUCGACUUGAUGUUGGGAGGCGACCUGCGCUUCCACCUUGACCGCGCCGGACAUAUGGCAGAGGACGUCGUGCGCUUCUUUGUUGCUGAGAUCGCAAUGGCGGUCGACUACCUGCACUCGAAGCGCAUCGUACAUCGGGAUUUGAAACCGGACAAUAUCCUACUUGACGAACGCGGCCACGCGCACAUCACAGACUUCAACAUCGCAGUACACUUCUCCGAGCCCAAGCCGCUCACUGGCGUCGCAGGAUCUAUGGCAUACAUGGCGCCUGAGGUGCUUACGAAACGCGGCUACUCAGCCCAGGUGGAUUUCUGGUCAUUGGGUAUCCUCGCGUUCGAGUUGCUCUUCGUCAAGCGCCCAUUCCGCGGCAAGACAAAUAGCGCGCUAACCAACUCGAUCCUCCACGAGGCGCUGCACUGGCCGGACGACGCGACGGAGCGCUGCUCCACAGAAGGCAUGCAGGCCAUUCGUGGCUUCCUGGAACGCGAUCCCAACAAGCGCCUCGGGUAUCGGCCGGGCGGCGGUGGCUUUGAGGACAUCAAGGCGCAUCCCUGGUUUGCGGGGAUUGACUGGGAUGCGCUGUACAACAAGCAGGUUGUGCCUCCAUUCGAACCAGAUUCCAAACGCGCCAACUUUGACGCGACGCACGAGCUCGAGGAGCUGCUGCUGGAGGAGAACCCGCUCAAGGCGCGCAAGCGCAAGGAUAAUGCGGACACGGAGUCGAUGAGCCCGGAGAUGAGGAUGAUGGAGGAGCACUUCACGGUAUUCGACUACCAGCGCUCCCAGCGCCGGAGCUACUACCGCCAGCCGUCGUAUACGACCAUGUCGGGCUCGACCGCGGCGACGGGGACGGGACAUGUGUUCACCCCCAGCCGGCCAUAUACGCCUAGCAGCGAUGUAGGGCGGCGCUCUCUCGAAGCGCAGAUCAUGGAGGGCGGCGGGAUGGCGCACCUCGGAAGUCGGGGCAUGGGGCGGCAGCUCGACGGGGAGAGUCCGAUCGAGCUCACGCCGCAGCUCACGCCACAAGGUAGCCGGAGGUAGUUGUUAUGGGCGGCGCAGCCGCCAAAUUGCGCCGCCACAUGCAGUGACGACUGAUAGCACGAUA